CAUGUGGAGUAUUGUGUCCAGUUCUGGAAUCCUCAACAUAAGAAGGAUAUGGAACUGUUGGAACAGGUCCAGAGGAGGGCUACGAAGAUGAUCAGAGGGCUGGAGCACCUUCCCUACGAGGACAGGCUGAGAGAGUUGGGGUUGUUCAGCCUGGAGAAGUGAAGGCUCAGAGGAGACCUUAUAGGGACAUUCCAGUACCUGAAGGGGCUACAGGAAAGCUGGAGAGGGACUGUUCAUAAAGGCUUGUGGUGAAAGGACGAGGGGGAAGGGGUAUAAACUGGAGAGGGGCAGAUUUAGACUAGGCAUAAGGAGGAAUUUCUUCACAGUAAGUGUGGUGAGGUACAGGCACAGGUUGCCCAGGGAGGCUGUGGUUGCCCCAUCCCUGGAGGUGUUCAAGGCCAGGUUGGAUGGGGCCCUGGGCAGCCUGGUCUGGUGGUCUGGUGGGGGUUGUCCCUGCCCAUGGCAGGGGGGUUGGAACUUGGUGAUCUUUAAGGUCCCUUCCGACCCAAACUAUUCUAUGAUUCUGUGAUUCCUGCUGGGAUAGCCAGCUCUGUUUGGAGCAGCUCCCACUGCGCAUUGAACAAGGACAGAUGUUGCACAGGGAGUCUGUUCAUCUGGCUCGGGUCAGAAAUGGUGUGGCCAGCAGCAGUAGGGAAGGGAUCGUCCCCCUGUACUGCGUGCUGGGAUGCUGCACCUUGAAUCCUAUGUUCAGUUUUGUGCUCCUUACUAGAAGAAAGACAGUGGAGCAUGUCCAGAGAAGGGCGACAAAGCUGGUGAAGGGUCUGGGGCACAAGUGUUAGGAGGAGCCACUGAGGUAACUGGCGCUGUUUAGUCUGGAGAAGAGGAGGCUUGGGGGAGACCUUAUCACUCUCUGCAACUUCCUGAAAGGCUGCAGUGAGUGUUUUCUUCAUUGAAGCAGUCCUGGGACAAAAAUUGUGUCCAAAAGCAAUGGAAAAGUAUGUGGCGUCGAUGGUGUUGAGUGCAGUUGGUGACGCUCUGGGCUAUUACAAUGGAAAAUGGGAGUUUCUGCGGAGUGGCCCAGCCAUCCACAAAGAGCUGGCAGAGAUGGGGGGACUCGGCAACCUCAGCAUCCAAGGUUGGAAAGUCAGUGAUGAUACAGUGAUGCACUUGGCCACAGCUGAAGCCCUGGUAGCUGCUGGGAAAAAGCCAAGUUUAGAGCAUCUCUAUUCCCUGAUUGCAAAGAACUACAAAGAGUGCAUGAAUGACAUGGAGGGCAGAGCUCCAGGUGGCACAUGUGAGGUGAAUGCACUGAAGCUAGAUCCGGGGCGUCCAGAUGGCUGGAGGAUCCCAUUCAGCCCUCAGGCGGGAGGCUGCGGAGCUGCCAUGCGCUCCAUGUGUAUUGGGCUGCGUUUCCGCCAUCCUGCUGAGCUGGACACCCUUAUGCAAGUCAGCAUUGAGAGCGGCCGAAUGACCCACCACCAUCCCACCGGCUACCUGGGGUCCUUGGCUUCAUCCCUCUUCACCGCUUUUGCAGUGAACCGCGUGCCGCCCCCAGCCUGGGGGAAGAAGCUGCUGGAGCUGCUGCCACGGGCAAAAGUCUAUGUGAAGGAAAGCGGCUUCUUUGUGGAGGAGAAUAUGGGCCAAUGGCAUUACUUUGAAGAGAAAUGGGAAAAAUACCUGGCAGAGAGAGGCAUCUCAGAUGGGGUCUCGCUGCCCACCUUCCCCUCCAACUACGGCGUGGAAGAGAGAGACUCGUUCUACACCUCCCUCAGCUACAGCGGCUGGGGAGGCAGCAGUGGGCACGAUGCCCCCAUGAUUGCUUACGACGCGCUGCUGGGUGCAGGCGACUCCUGGGCAGAGCUGGCUCACCGGGCUUUCUUCCAUGGGGGUGACAGCGACUCCACCGCUGCCAUUGCAGCCUGCUGGUGGGGAGCCAUGUAUGGUUUCCAGGGGGUCAGCCCGUCCCUCUACUCCCACCUGGAGUACAGGAACCGCCUGGAGCGGGUGGCCAAGGACUUGUACCGCAUCGCUUAGGCGGGAGGUGGCCGGGCCCCCCAGGGGCAUGCUGACCCCACCCGUCACCCCUUGCUUACUGAAGGUUUUGCAGAUUUGGUUUGGAGUAAUGCAUGAGUGUAAACCAGAGCCAGCCCUGCUUUUGCUCUUUCUGUGUGUUGGCUUCAGUGGGGAGGCUACUUUUGAGCUUGCAGUUUGGGGCUUGUGGGCAGUGGGUGAGGGAAAAACGUUACAAGGGGGUUUGAUAGGAGCACAUAACCAUGCAUGUGUCCCUUGAGCAGCUGAGCCCUGAGGCAUCCCUCCUUGUCAGCAUGGCAGCUGCACGUGGUCUGGUCCUCACAGGAAGCAGGAGCACCCACUGUAGGAUUGCCAGUGAUGCUCCAGCAGCAGGACAGGCAGCAAAACCCCCAUGGGCUGCCCCAAAUCAGUGUCCUGUCCAUACGAGCAUGCCAGAGGGGUUCAGGGAUGCACACUUGGCUGCAGAGGCCAUUCAGAAAUGGGCUGGUGGAAAUAGCUCCUGGCAAAACCGUGAUGUCUAGCCCAUACUCGCUGCCUUGUACCACUGAUAGCGAGUGCUGUGGACACUGCUUGCCAUCUUGCACUGAGCAUGUGUAAAGCUAAAGCUUCUGCUCCUUAACAUGGGUAUUAUAGCAGGUACAGCUAUAAUAGCAAACAGCAAACAGUCAGUUGUGUCUGGGGACAGUGGUUUUCUUAUACAGUAGCAUUUAGCAGAGGAUACUUUUUUGUUUUAAAUGAGCAUGGAAAAAACCCAAACCCAACUCGAGCGCUGUCAGUGCAUGUCAAUGUUGGUGCAUUUUGCACCAUUUCACAGCAUUUUUGCAAUACAGGUAAGAACGCUCAUGUUAUUUCCCUAAUUCAAUUAAUUGGAGAGUUCAAGACUACUAAAUAAACCCUUAUUUCGGUUAAAAGUGGGUAAUGAGAAUUAAAAAGUUUGCAUUUUAUGUCAACGUAUACAACUUCUGUAGCAAACUAUAUUCUUCUGCUUACAUCACCGUUCCUAAAGAUUAUUUACUUAACAUUUGCUAUAGAUAAUUCAAUUUAAAUAAAUGCAUGUUUUUUUCUUCAAACCGAGACUAUGAUGCAGCAAAGAACUUACUGCUUUCAGAGCAAUUUCAAAGACUGUGUAUCCCAUUCAAUAAAGAGUCCUGACAUA